UGUCUCCUCUAUCUAUGAACUAUGGAAAACAUAAGUGAGCUGGUCGCUUUUGACAUGGGAGGGCUAAGAAACAACCUUCCCAGAAAGAGAGGAUUGUCAAGGUACUACUCGGGGAAAGCAAGAUCAUAUGCUUGCAUCUCAGAUGUCAAAUGCCUAGAAGAUCUAAAGAAACCAACCCAUCCUCUUGAUGAUGAUGAUGAUGAUGAUGAUGAAGAUGAUGCCUACAAGAAGAGGAAGAAGAAGAAUAGGCAAUCAUCUUCAUCUUCAUUUUCUGCAGCAGUUAACAGCAAUGUUAAUUAUCAAAACUACCCGUGUCGUAGAGUCUCUAGUAGCACACACUGUUCCACACCUUGUGUUGGUGCUUAGCUUUUUUUUCUUUCUUAAACCAGUUUCUUAAUUUACCACACCUUCAUCAGUCGCCCUUGGUUUUUUCCCCAACCUAACACUCAAACA